AUGGCGAAUACGACAGUUCGCGAUGCGAAGCAGAUUCAUGGCCAGAAUCCUCAGUUCCUUGUAGAAACCGUCAUCCGUAACCGCAUAUGGGAGUCGAGCUACUGGAAGGAGCACUGCUUUGCGCUGACCGCCGAGAGUCUCAUUGACAAAGCCAUCUCCUUGCGUGCGAUCGGUGGUGUCUACGGAAACCAGCGUCCUACCGAAUUCCUAUGCUUGCUCCUGAAGCUCUUGCAAAUUCAGCCCGAGAAGGAGAUCCUGGUGGAAUAUUUACAAGCAGAUGAAUUCAAAUAUCUGCGAGCCCUGGCAGCAAUGUACAUCCGCAUGACAUUCCGCGCUGUCGACGUGUACGAACUACUCGAGCCCUUGCUGAAAGACUAUCGCAAAAUACGCUACCGUGACAUGGGCGGUUAUCGCCUCACCUUCAUCGACGAAUUCGUCGACUCCCUCCUUACCGAAGAGCGCGUAUGCGACAUCAUUCUCCCCCGCCUACAAAAGCGCGAGAUCCUCGAAGAAAACGGCGAGAUUGGGCCGCGGAAGAGCCGGCUGCUCGAUGCACUCGAGGGCCGGAGCGACGACGAGCGGGAUCGGAGCCACAGUCGAAGUAGGAGCCGGAGCCGGAGCAGGUCGAGUCCAGGAGGCUAUAGGAGCAAGGACGGGAGCGUCAGUCCUGACCGCGCGCGCGGGCGGAGUCUCAGCAGGAGCGACAAGACGCCGUCGGAGGCGGGGUCGCGAUAUGUGUCCCGCAGCCCGUCGCGCUCACGGUCGGGGUCACGCUUCCGGUCGCGCAGUCGUAGCAUCUCUCCUGAUCGUAUGUCUACGUCCUGA